AGGCUGAAGAUGAAGCUGGAUUUGUUUGUGCUGUGUCUGUCACUUUUAGCGUUUUAUACCCAUUUUUCACUGGCCAAGAGAUCAGGAGGAGGCGGCUUUGGGAAAAGCUUUGGCUCAAAGAAGACCUCCACAUCCAACCGAGGCAGCACUAACACAGGCCACAAAAAUAAUCAGGGCUCCAGCUCUCAGGGUGGAUACCCCAAACAGCCUGUACACCCCAACCAGGGAGGCCACCCUCCGCAAUCAGGCAGACCUGGGUAUCCGGGUAGUUACCCCCAGCAGCCGGGUAGAGGAGUUUACCAUAACCAGUAUCCAGCACAGGGCUCCCCAUAUGGAGGAUAUGGAGGUCAGGGAGGUUAUGGAGGAUAUGGUGGUCAGGGCAGUUAUGGUGGUGGAUACAUCAAUAAAAACCCAAAUAACAACAUCCUGAGCCCUCGCUAUGGCGGCAGCUUUGGAUAUGGGGGUCAUGGUGUCGGGGGCGGCUCUCCCUUUUCCCGCUCGGUUCAGGCGAAUGGCAUGUAUCCGUCUGAUAAAUCCAGAGGGUUUGGGCGCAGUGCGGUAAUGGCAGCAGCUGGAGGAGCUAUGGCAGGAAUGGCCCUGGGCUACGGGUUAGGAAGGUUCCCGCGUCCUCACUUCAACUUCCACAGUCCUCAGGAGGAGUACUACUACAACAACUACAUGUACAGGAAAUAUGGUGUCAAGUCUACUGAUACCAAUGACUACAGCAGAGACUACACGUACAGCCCACCUCCGGCAACCUACGAUAGCUACAUGGACUCUUGCAUGAAGAGAACAGACCUUCUGCCUGCGGAGAAUCGACAGCCAAACAACAAACCAGCUGCCACCACCACAACUCUGCACCUUCAACUCCCCGCCCUGUAAAUGAGUCCAAGGCCAAUCCUGGGCCUCCAGCUUCACAGGUGCUCAGAGAAACGGCUACAGAUGACGACGAUGAUACAGUCAGCAUUGUGGAGAUCGGCUACCCGGCACUGAUCGAUCAGCUGAAGGUCAGGAGAUGCUUGGAGUUGUACAUGGUUUACUCUGAAAAGUACUUAAAGAAAAAGAAAGAACCCAAACCUAGCAAUGGGGCACAGGGACUGCAGAUGGGCCCACAGGGGCUUUUAGCUGUGGUCACCAGUACUAUAGUGAUGCUACUGAAUAGCAACAUGCUAAUGCUGCUGCACUGAGGCCUUCAUUAGCAACUCAAUUCAUGGUCCCCAGAGGAUGAAUCCUAAUGACAUAUGGUUGACAUUUUCAGGAAAAGAGUGAGUAUUAUAUUGAAUAAUAUAGACUUUAGACAGAGGUUUUACAUCUUACAUCAUCUUACAUCAACAUUCCUUAUAGUACCUACAUUUGUAAUGGAUUAUAAUUUCAUUAAAUUUAAUGUAAUUAUCAGUUCAUAUAUUUCAUUAAAUUGAAGGCUGAAGUAUGCAUGUUAUUGUCCUAAUAAUCCAUAAAUUACUUAUUUUGAAUAAAUUAAUGUACUUGAGUAUUUAAUUUUAAGCUACAUUAUAUAUCUACUCCACUAAAUUUCACAGGGAAAUAUUUUAUUGCACUACAUUUAUUUGACACUUAUAGUUACAUUUUGCAUAAAAAAGAUAUAUGAUACAAUGUAUUACUGUGCUGCUUGUCUACCCAAGAGUAUGAAGAGUAUCUAAAAUCGGCUCCACUUUGAUGAACAACAAACCGUUGAUGAUGACAGUAAAAUGUUUUUUAUAUAUUUUUAAUAUUUGCUGUUUUUCCUCUGGGGUUUCUUAAAGAGAAAGAUUAUCAUAUGAGUCUGUGGUUGUUGAGAUUGGAUUAAGAUUUGUUUGUGGAUUUUAAGAUUUUUCAAAACAAGUGUAAAGUGCACUGUGGACAGACUGUCUACAUCCUACCUUUUUUGCCCGAAUACAUUUUGUUUAUUGAGUAUCAGCGGAUUUUAGGAGCUCCAUGCUGCGGUGUUGCUCACUGUCCCAAUCUAUUACUACCUACCGAUGUCAGAUGUUUUGGUAGAUCUGUGCCUAGGUUAGAGUUCUGCAGGUUGGUUUCUUUCAGUUAGAAAGUUGUUCUGCUGUCCAGUUAAUUAUUUUCUGCAUUAUAUUUUUAAUGAAACACUUAACCUUGGAAAAUUAGUGUUUCAAAGGUGAUACAAAACUAGAAUUAACAUGAAAUGUAAAUGAACUAUAAAAUGAAAGUGAAAUCCAAUUAGGUUAGUUGUAUUUUUCUGUGAAAAUAUCACUAUUGUGUUGUGUUGGUAGUAAAACAAUAUAUUUGUAUGAAAAUGUAACAUUAUUACUAUAAGGAAGUCACUAUAGCCACAGUAUAUAGCUCAUUAAUUAGUGGCGUCUUUGGUUUAACUCAAUUAGGUUUGUUACUCUAUGAUGACUUUAUUUUAAAAGAGAUUGGUGGUUAUAGGUUAAAAAAAAUUUAUUAAUCACAGAAGAUUUUUAGACUUUCAAUGUCCAGCAGGUGGCGUCAUCAGUGUUCAAGAAUGUAUCAAUGCACUGAUCUUUCUGUUCAGGUUCUUAAAAGCACCCUCAAUAUCCUGCUUAUUUCUUCUGCCAGAGCUCAGCUGACCCUAUUAAAACUCUAAGCACUCUUACCUUACCACUAAAACACAAUGCUGCCAACGAUCAACUGAGAGAGCUUUUGAAUUUAACUGCAAGUGGCUAAGAGGUAUCCCUUUGUCUCCAUCAUAUCACCUUUUACAAUCAACAUUAAAAAUGAAUGAAUCUGGCAUUUUGUGUAAUUAGACAGUUGUAAGUUAUGCUGAAAUGUAAUAUUGAUGAUUCUCUUUGCUGUGGAUCACUGCUUCUAUAAAACAACAAUCUGCUAUUUAAGUUUAUUUAAAAUUUAUAUAUCCAA